AUGAAGAUCUUCUUUGCGGGAAUUGCUUUGAGUGCAUUCGGCUACAAUUUCUACGAGCUUGCAGAGAACAUUCGAUCGGAGUGCAGGACACCUGUGAUCCUGAUAUUACACGACUGGGGCUGCAUCUGGGGAUUCCUAAUGCAGGCUCGAUAUCCAGGCUUGGUCAAAAGCAUCGUUGCUUUGGAUGUUGGUCAACCCUCCUGCGUGACAGGCCUCGACAAAGCACUCGGGGCAUUCUUUGCAUAUCAGUUCCUGCCUUUGGCCGCCUUCUUCAUCAUACGAGCUACGGCUCGCCUUGGACCGACGCUUCGCGACUGGGGCCGCUGGGUGGCGGACGGCGCGAUCCGCGGCUUCAUCUGGCUGGCGGGGCAUGGCAGCCGAAGCAUCACGGCGGAUGCAUCCUAUCCAUACUUUCACUACCUGAAAGGCCAAGGAUUUCGAGAUGCGCCAAAAGUGUCUUCAGGUGCCACCCUGCCGACCGUGCCAUCCUGUCCCUGUCUUUUCAUGUAUGCCAAACGGAAGCCUUUCAUGUUCCACAGCAAGGCUUGGGCAGAACAUUUGA